AUGCAAUUCAAGACCCUCUCCACCCUCGCUCUCCUCGCUGCCACCGCCGCUGCCGGCCCCCUGGAAGCCCGCCAGAGCGGCGGCCAGUGCAACACAGGUCCCGUCCAAUGCUGCAACAGCAUCUCGAGCGCCAAGGACCCCUCCACUGCGUUGCUACUCGGUCUCUUGUCGUCCAGGAUGUCAACAUCCCCAUCGGCAUCAUCUGCAGCCCCAUUACUAUUAUCGGUCUCCCCGGAAACUCCUGACGGCAUUGUCGCCAUCGGGUGCACCCCCAUCAACGUCAACGCCUAA